UCUCAAUCCACUCUUUGUGCGUUUCGAUCGACUGCGAGAUUGCUGCGAGCGAGCGAGCGGGCAUGGAGAUCGAGAGCUGUCCUCCAUUCCAUUGCAGUAGUCCAUCCCCAUCCAAACGGGAUCCAACCGAGAAUUCGACAAUGCAAGUGACGCAAAGGCGAGAUUUCUAUCCGAAUUCUCCAUGCGCGGAGAGAUCUAGACCAACUGGCGACAAGACUCGCAGCAACACAAGCAUUCAUUCAUUCCUAUCGCACACAACUUUGUUUGACGAGGACUGGGAACUGCUCCGAUUCAAGCUCGCAGCUUUCCAGGUCACAAAGACUCCAAAUUGCUCGCUGUUACAGUCGAAAGCGAUCUGUCAAAUCCUGGCGAUGAUCCAUCCAAGUUUCCAGGUAAAAGUUCUCGUUUACAUCUUCUUCCUCGUAAAAACAAACGCAUGAAUCAUUCUCUCACGGUCUCUGGGAAGAGAAGAGAGGAAAAAAAAACUGGUUUUUUUUUGUUGUUUUUUUUGGUUGCCAGGAUUCUUCGAAGUUUGUGUGGAGCCGAGCAAGAAAGAAGAAACAAAAUCACUCUGCCUGGCUCCCUGUAUGCCAUCUGGGGGGGAUUUAUCAGCUGACGAUGAUAAGCUCCAUAGCUGGCUUACGGGGAGCCACGCAGAGUUUCUCGCUUGGACGAAACCACUCGUCUUCUCAUUCUCGGACACGAACGAAGCGAUUGCGACGUGACGAACAGACUCACCAUUCGCAGAAUCCCAAUCCAAAUCUCUGGAACCAACAGCAACCAAGAACCUGGCGUGAUCACGGGGUAACGCAUCAAACUCUCGUAGAUUGAUUCAAUCGGUGUAGAGCGCAAACAUCUAUAGAUUCAUAUGCACAGUCUGUGAGCUACCUACACGAAGAUAAAAGAAGAAGAAAA